AUGAAGAAAAAGAAAUUUGAUCGAUUUAUCGAUUGUAUUCAAGCAGAAGGUCUCCCACCACAAAUGAUCCUUUAUCCAAUGAUUGAAUCGGUCGCAAUAAACAAUGUUGGGUUUAUUUCAGAAGCAAUACUUUCUUACUGUAAACCUACGAUGAAUCAUAAUGAUUUAAUGUUAACAUGCCCGACACAAAUCAUUAGUAAGAAUGAACAAUUUGGUGAAAACUUGGACUUUAUCAUAAUUCAAACAAUCCACGCUCAGACCAUUCGUUACGUACUAGUCGUCGAAGAAAAACGUGAUGCACUUGAAAAAGGACUUACUCAACUGUUACUGGCAUUGAAAUCUAUAUGGGAUGUAAAUAAUGAUAAAAAAUUAGUGUAUGGAUUCGUUAUACUGCAGGAAUCAAUUGGCAAUUAG